GGUGGGGCCCGCGCGGAGGGCGUGGGGGCGGGGGCCGCGGCCGCUCCUGCAGUUGCCGAGCGUCGCCAACAGGUUGCACCGUUCCCCGCGCCACCGCGCGGCCCCUCAGGCGGGGAGCGGCCGGGGGUGGAGUGGGAGCGUGCGCGCGCGCGCGUGUGUGUGUGUGUGUGUGUGUGUGUGUGUGUGUGCGCGCCGUGGCGCCGCCUCCGCCCGCCCCCCUCUCGGUCCCGUUCGUUCGCCGCGGCCGGGCGGCCCUUUCGCGUGUCCGCGCUGCCUCCCCUCCUCCUCCUCCUCCUCCAUUUUGCGAGCUCGAGUCUGUGACGGGAGCCCGAGUCACCGCCCGCCCGUCGGGGACGGAUUCUAGUGGGUGGAAAGAGACGCCGCAGCCGGAGCGGCGGAGCGCCGGCCCGGAGGACGCGCGCCGGAGAGCCCCGGCCCGCGAAGACGUGCGCGGGGCGGGGGUCUGGCUUGUCAGCCGGGAAAUGGGAGACUUUCUCAAAUAGGGGCUCUCCCCUCCCCCUCAUGGAGAAGGGGGCAGCUGUUUACUUCCUUUUUUUUAGAGAAAAAAAUCUCUCCCUCCUCCUGCUCCUGCUUUCACACGCUAAGUUGUUUAUCUCGGCUGCGGUGGGAGCCGCGGACGGUGGCGGGUGAGCGGCGCAGCCGGCAGAGCUGAUACUCACUGAUGGACCCCAAGGAGUCUUUAAGCACCCCCAGUAGAGAAGAAAUUCCCAGCAGUGUGCUUGGUCGAGAGAGGGGAAAUGUGAUGGACUUCUAUAAAACCCUAAGGGGAGGAGCUACUCUGAAGGUUUCUGCAUCUUCGCCCUCACUGGCUGCUGCUUCUCAGUCAGACUCCAAGCAGCAAAGACUUCUGGUUGAUUUUCCAAAAGGCUCAGGAAGCAAUGCGCAGCAGCCAGAUCUGUCCAAGGCAGUUUCACUGUCAAUGGGACUGUACAUGGGAGAGACAGAGACAAAAGUGAUGGGAAAUGACCUGGGAUUCCCACAACAGGGCCAAAUCAGCCUUUCCUCUGGGGAAACAGACUUUCGGCUUCUGGAAGAAAGCAUCGCAAACCUCAAUAGGUCAACCAGUGUUCCAGAGAACCCCAAGAAUUCAGCAUCUGCUGCUGUCUCUGCUGCCCCCACAGAGAAGGAGUUUCCAAAAACUCACUCUGAUGUGUCUUCAGAACAGCAGAAUUUGAAAGGCCAGAAGGGCAGUAACGGGGGUAAUAUGAAGUUAUAUACCACAGACCAAAGCACCUUUGACAUUUGGAGGAAAAAGCUCCAGGAUUUGGAGUUUUCUUCUGGGUCCCCAAGUAAAGAGACAAGUGAAAGUCCUUGGAGCUCAGACCUCUUGAUAGAUGAAAACUGUUUGCUUUCUCCUUUGGCAGGAGAGGAUGAUCCAUUCCUUCUGGAAGGAAGCUCGAAUGAGGACUGUAAGCCUCUUGUUUUACCGGACACUAAGCCUAAAAUUAAAGAUAAUGGAGAUUUGAUCUUACCAAGUCCUAGCAGUGUGCCACUGCCCCAAGUGAAAACAGAAAAAGAAGAUUUUAUCGAACUCUGCACCCCUGGGGUAAUUAAGCAGGAGAAACUGGGCCCAGUUUAUUGUCAGGCCAGCUUUUCUGGGGCCAAUAUAAUUGGUAAUAAAAUGUCUGCCAUUUCUGUUCAUGGUGUGAGUACCUCUGGGGGACAGAUGUACCACUACGACAUGAAUACAGCAUCCCUUUCUCAACAACAGGAUCAGAAACCUAUUUUUAAUGUCAUUCCACCAAUUCCUGUUGGUCCAGAAAAUUGGAAUAGAUGCCAAGGGUCUGGAGAUGAUAACUUGACUUCCUUGGGGACUUUGAACUUCUCUGGUCGAUCUGUUUUUUCUAACGGCUAUUCAAGCCCGGGAAUGAGGCCGGACGUGAGCUCCCCUCCGUCCAGCUCCUCAGCGGCUGCGGGGCCGCCCCCCAAACUCUGCUUGGUGUGCUCGGAUGAGGCUUCGGGGUGCCACUAUGGGGUCCUGACUUGUGGAAGCUGUAAAGUAUUCUUCAAAAGAGCAGUGGAAGGUAGACAGCACAAUUAUCUUUGUGCUGGAAGAAAUGAUUGUAUCAUUGAUAAAAUUCGAAGAAAAAACUGCCCAGCAUGCCGCUAUAGAAAAUGUCUUCAAGCUGGAAUGAACCUGGAAGCUCGAAAAACAAAGAAAAAGAUAAAAGGAAUUCAGCAGGCCACUACAGGAGUCUCGCAAGAAACUUCUGAAAAUCCUGCUAACAAAACAAUAGUUCCUGCAACAUUACCACAGCUCACGCCUACGCUGGUGUCACUGCUGGAAGUCAUUGAACCUGAGGUGUUAUAUGCAGGAUAUGACAGCUCUAUUCCAGAUUCAACUUGGCGGAUCAUGACCGCACUCAACAUGUUAGGUGGGCGGCAGGUGAUUGCAGCAGUGAAAUGGGCAAAGGCAAUACCAGGAUUCAGGAACUUACAUCUGGAUGACCAAAUGACCCUACUGCAGUAUUCAUGGAUGUUCCUCAUGGCAUUCGCCCUGGGGUGGAGAUCAUACAGACAAUCAAGUGCAAAUAUGCUGUGUUUUGCUCCUGAUCUGAUUAUUAAUGAGCAGAGAAUGGCUUUACCCUGCAUGUAUGACCAAUGUAAACAUAUGCUAUAUGUUUCCUCUGAGUUAAACAGGCUUCAGGUAUCUUAUGAAGAGUAUCUCUGUAUGAAAACCUUACUGCUCCUCUCUUCAGUUCCUAAGGAAGGCUUGAAGAGUCAAGAACUAUUUGAUGAAAUUAGAAUGACCUACAUCAAAGAGCUAGGAAAAGCCAUUGUCAAGAGGGAAGGAAACUCCAGUCAGAACUGGCAGCGGUUUUAUCAACUGACAAAACUCUUGGACUCCAUGCAUGAUGUGGUUGAAAAUCUUCUUAACUAUUGCUUCCAAACAUUUUUGGAUAAGACUAUGAGUAUUGAAUUCCCAGAGAUGUUAGCUGAAAUCAUCACCAAUCAGAUACCAAAAUAUUCAAGUGGAAAUAUCAAAAAACUUCUGUUUCAUCAAAAGUGACUGCCUUAAUAAGAAAGGUUGCCUUAAAGAAAGUUGAAUUUAUAGCUUUUAUUGUACAAACUAUCAAUCUGUCCUGUAGCAGUUUCAUUUUUUUUUUGUUUUUGUCUAGAUUUUGGUUUUGUUUUGAAUACGCACUACAUGUGGUUUAAAGAGGGCCAAGACUUGGCAACAGAAGCAGUUGAGCUAUCACUUUUCAGUGAUGGGAAAAGUAGAAAGUGAGAGUUGGUGGAUCCCAGAAAUUAGAGCCAAUAAUGUGGGUGUAUAAGCUCCACUGUCAGAGCAGGAUGGCACCUAAACCACCAGUGCCCGAAGUCUGUGUGAUAAACUUUCUGCUCAUACUUUUCACAGUUGGCUGGACAAAAUUUUUUAGACUUUUUGUUGGUAUAUUUUCCCCUGUAUAGUUAGGAUAGCAUUUUUUUGAUUUAUGCAUGGAAACCUGAAACAAAGUUUACAAGUGUAUAUCAGAAAAGGGAAGUUGUGCCUUUUAUAGCUAUUACUGUCUGGUUUUAACAAUUUCCUUUAUAUUCAGUGAACUACGCUUGCUCAUUUUUUCUUACAUAAUUUUUGUAUUCAAGUUAUUGUACAGCUGUUUAAGAUGGGCAGCUAGUUCAUAGCUUUCCUAAUCGAACUCUAAACAUUAAUCUUCUGUGUGAAAAUGGGUUGGUGCUUCUAACCUGAUGGCAGUUAGCUAUCAGAAGACCACAAAAAUUGACUCAAAUCUCCAGUUUUCUUGUCAAAAAAGCUCACAUUUUGUAUAUAUUUGCUUCAGUGGAGAAUUAUAUAGAUUGUGCAAAUUAACCGUCCUAACUGGUGUAGAGCACCUAGUCCAGUGACCUGCUGGGUAAACUGUGGAUUGCAAAAGACUAAUUAAAAAAAAAAAAAACAAAAAAAAAAACUACCAAGAGGCCCUGUUUGUACCUAAUGCCCUAGCUAUCUCUGCAAUGGUUAGAUGGGAAGAAAGUCAGUAAACUGUCUUUCAGGACCUUUUGCUGUAGUUUGUAAAACGUCCUAAAAGUUAUAAUGCCAGAUAACCAGCUGAAACACAGUUGAGAGUUUUUAACCAGUCCAAGUAAUUCCUCCCACUAAACUUUACCCCCUCCCAAAAAUCUCUUAAUAUGGCAAAAGUGGCCAGACACCCAUUUUCACAUUCCCACUUGUCACCAAUUGGUCUUUCUUUCCUGGGGACACAGGAAAGCUCAGCUACUGAUUUUUCUGAUUUAGAACUGUAUGUCAGACUUCCAUGUUCAUAAAACUAUACAUCCCUCACAGCCUUAUGUGUGCCAUAGAGUUUAAUGAAAGUCAUGUGAAUUUCUCCUUCUCACUGUUGAGAAUUAUCAUUUUAAACAAGAUAGAAGCUGUAGUAGCCCUUUCUGUGUGCACCUUACCAACUUUCUGUAAACUCAAAACUUACAUUUACUAAGCCACAAGAAAUUUGAUUUCUAUUCAAGGUGGCCAAAUUAUUUGUGUAAUAGAAAAUGGAAAAUCUAAUAUUAAAAAUAUGAAACUUCUAAUAUAUUUUUAUAUUUAGUUAUAGUUUCAGAUAUAUAUCAUAUUGGUAUUCACUAAUCUGGGAAGGGAAGGGCUACUGCAGCUUUACAUGCAAUUUAUUAAAAUGACUGUAAAAUAGCUUGUAUAGUGUAAAAUAUGAAUGAUUUUUAGAUGAGAUUGUUUUAUCAUGACAUGUUAUAUAUUUUUUGUAGGGGUCAAAGAAAUGUUGACGGAUAACCUAUAUGAUUUAUAAUGUGUGCAAGCAUUCAUACAGGCAGCAAUGGUCUCAGAAACCAAACAAGUUUGCUAUACAGGAAGAGGGAAAUGGAAACUGGCCCUGUGCACCAUGAAGGUUAUUGAGGCUCUGUCCCAUUCAGAUCAAGAGAGGAAGUAAUCCUCCUCUGCCUCCCAGAAUGACCACCCUUCUCAUUCCAACAGUGCGUCUGUCUGCACAGGUUUAGUUUACUAAAUCUCCCCUUGCGCUAAAGUGUGUUAACAGGACAGAAAGGUGGUGCUUACACAUUUACAGGCACCAUCACAUACAGCCUCCCCAACAGUUUAACAGUUUGGCAAUAAUACGCAUAGAGGUACCAGCAAUAUGUAAAUAGUGCAGAAUCUCAUAGGCUGCCAAUAAUACACUAAUUCCUUUCUAUCCUAUAAGAGUUCAUUUCCUAAUAAAAUGAGGACAUGUUUAUGUUUUCUUUGAAUGCUUUUUGAAUGUUGUUAUUUUUCAGUAUUUUGGAGAAAUUAUUUAAUAAAAAUGUAAUCAUUUGCUUUUUGAAUGCUGUCUAAAAAGGGAAUACUCCUUUUGUAAUUCUUUAAAUUGAUCUCAAAGUAUUUUAAAAUGAUUUGUAACCCAGCUGGAUGUGAAAUUUUUGGUGCCUAAGAAAUAUCACUUGAAUAUUAUCAGUGAUAGUGUUAAGUUUCAAAAAGAGCUUCUGAAAGAUAAAUUAUUAAUCAUUUAUAGAGUAUUAUCUGGUUAAAACCAGAAGGCGUACCACACAUUAACCUUAGUUUUAGCCCCAACCACCUUGGCUCCCAAAAAAUCGAGCUCAAUGAAUAAAGACAAGUGCACUUUGUUGUUAAAAGGAAAUGGACUGACAUUCAUGAAUCCAUAGGAAGCUGUACAUUAAAUGGAAAAAGAAGCCGUGACCUUUUAGAAAAUGUGGGAAAGAAGAAAUUUACCUUAAUUAUGUGUGAGUGUAAUUAUGGACUUAAGUGAAGAAAGCUAUGGUGCUAUCUGAAAGGAGCUUCAUUUUCUAUAUAUUUGGUAUGUUGCCAUCCCAAACUAUUAAAGUGUGUAGUAAUUUUAGUGACAGGUAACAUGCGUAGAUGAGUCACAACAAAUCCUGAAAAGUAUUUUUAAUUACCGGUGGAAAAAGGGACCCUCUCUGUGUUUUUAGGCCUUGCUAUAGGAUACAGGACAAGUGUUUUGGGGAUAUAUAUAUACACCCAAUCGUCUAAAACUAUGUGAGGGGAACCUAAAAGUGCACCUGCCUUCUCCUGGGGAAAAAAAAAAAAAAAACACAGCAAAAGGAAAACACAUAUGAUUAGUGUCUAUGAAGAACUCAGUAUUUAGCAUAGGAUGAGCUGUGGAUACAUAUAUAAAGGAAAGCCAGGAUCACUUCAGAAUUGAGGAAUGGAAGAAUGAGCAACUCCAAUUUUACAUAUCUAUCAAUACAACCAAUUAUCAUUAAGUCUUAUCAUUUUAGUUCUCUGUUAAAUAUCCUAAAACUACAUCACCAUGUAAUGGACAUUAUUAUUACACUUUAAUCUGUCAAAAGUUAAGAACUGUGACAGCCCUCAGUAAGAGUUUGGUCUUGGUAGAUCACUGAAAGGACUGCAGCUGUAUAUGAAUGUUUUUCUGUGCCUGGUUUGAGAAUAAGAGAAACUAAGAGUGUAAGGAGGACAUGUUAACCACUUGGAAUGGAAGUUUAUCGUUUUCCAGACGAUGGUCAGUCAGCCUGGUCCACCAAGGAUUAGUGACCAGGUUCUUGGGAAAGGAUUAGCUUCUCUCUAGCAAAUGCCUGAAAGAAGGAUUUUAUUUUCUGAUGAAAGGCUGUAUGAAAAUACCCUCCUCAAAUAACUUGCUUAACUACAUAUAGAUUCAAGUGUGUCAAUAUUCUAUUUUGUAUAUUAAACAAAUGCUAUAUAAUGGGGACAAAUCUAUAUUAUACUGUGUAUGGCAUUAUUAAGAAGCUUUUUCAUUAUUUUUUAUCACAGUAAUUUUAAAAUGUGUAAAAAUUAAAACCAGUGACUCCUGUUUAAAAAAUAAAAGUUGUAGUUUUUUAUUCAUGCUGAAUAAUAAUCUGUAGUUUAAAAAAAAAGUGUCUUUUUACCUACGCAGUGAAAUGUCAGACUGUAAAAUCUUGUGUGGAAAUGUUUAACUUUUAUUUUUCAUUUAAAUUUGCUGUUCUGGUAUUACCAAACCACACAUUUGUACUGAAUUGGCAGUAAAUGUUAGUUAGCCAUUUACAGCAAUGCCAAAUAUGGAGAAACAUCAUAAUAAAAAAAAACAAAUCUGCUUUUUCA